AUGGGUAUCAUGCGUCUGCCUCGCCCAACGGGUAUCUACGUAUCCAAAUCACCGCACGAGAUUGUCGCCCCGACUCUCUCCCCUGAAUUCAGUCUAUACUCUGAAAGCAUCAUGCCAUCAUUCAUCCCAGUCCUAGAAUACAUCUCCACAAUACUUCAAGAAAGAUCAAUCCACGUAACCCUUCUCAUCGGUCGCGGAAAGCCCUACCCAACCGGCCAACCUUCAGACUUAAUGCUCAUCCCUGUCGACUCAACCCAGCCCCAAGCAUGGAGCAUUCUCGUACGAGCCAUCGCAAAAGCCUCACGGAAAUUCUCCCUCGGCCAAAUCUGGACAGAUGCACUUAGCCGCAGCCAACACGAGCGCAAAGCAAACGGAUACCUAAUAGAGCAAUCAAUCCUCCAAAACGAAGUCGUCUUCAGCCAAGAAGGCCUCACCGUCCUAACAAUGGACCGCAUCUACACCUUCAAAAGAAGAAUGUGCAUCCUCUCUACCCGCCCAUUCUCCCGUACAGACGAAGAAGCCCUCUCAUCCUGUAUCAGCCUCCUCCACCGCAUCGUGACCGAUUUCUCCAAUCGCCCCUUCAGCAAGGCUUUCUUCCACCGCGUCUACGAGCAGCUCGCCGUCCCAGACGUGCAUCUCACCAUUGUCGCAGCUGCAUAUAAAAGCGUCCACAAAAGAGACGCUAUCAUCCUUCCUCUCCAGCAAAAAUCCCAGCCCGAGCAGCCUCUCCCUGCCAAGGCAGUCGAGCCUGUGCCUUCCCCCGUGCAUGCGAGAACUGAAAAACCUCGCGGGCAGGCGCGGAGGCCAUCUCUCCAAAUUGUUUACUGUCCGAGGCCCCCGAAGACCCCGAUGUCCCCUUCGGAUGUUACCCCAACCACAAGUAACGAGUGGAAUAUUUUUCUUCGCGGGGUCACUCCGACCCAGCCCAAGGUGACCAACUGGGUCCCCUCGCCGACUGUGCUGGCUGCCGCGUGA